UAUUUUAAGGAAUUAACCACAAACAUGUUGCUACAUAUGUUAUUUGCUGAUCUUGGUGCAAAUGGCUUGCUCAUUGAAUAUGAGGAUAUGUUUUCCAAUGAAGGAGAGCUGAAAGUUCUUCAAUCUACGGCUCAGCCUCCAUACAGAUUGUCUUCCAGGACGUCUUGCUCCUUUGCUGGGGCAAAACUAGCUGAACUCAUAGUGAAGCUGACGUCUCUGCUGGAGUCUACAGAACUGAUACAUUUUCAGAACAAUAUGAUUCGUGAUGCCGUGGAGAGCCAGGUGCGAGAGGUGAGAGGAGAGAUGUGUCUGCUGUACUCAGACUCUACAGCUCAGGAAUGCACUGUAAAAAAUUUCUGUAAAUUUACAGCAUAUUAACAGCGUAAAUAUACAGUACUGAACUGUUUUCUAAAAUUACGGUGUCUUACCGUAAAUGCACACGUGAUCGGUGGGAGAGGGGGAACCAAAGGCUAGCCGACACAUGGAGGAGCAUGGUUUCAGUCAAAGUUUUAUGGAUUUCAUCUCAAGUUGAGGCUCAUUUACAGGUAAGCAGAUCAAAGUCUGAAUACAUUUUUAUCUUAAACUGCAGCGUUUUUUUAAUGUGGGAACAAUAUUUUAAUUUACCUUUGACAAAUCUUGCCAAGACGGUGAACUAGCAUGUAUGCAAUU